GCGAGCUCUUGCAGCGCGCUCUCGGGAGACAUCUUUAAACCCAAGAGAAGCAAACCAAGAAAAAAAAAAAAACCAAGAAAUCAAGGGGAAAAAAAAACCCUCCUUCCUCCUUUCUCUCUCUUGGAGCGUCGAAGGUGUCGCCUGACCGCUGGGAUCCGUCGGAGAUCGGGAGCCGUUGGCCGGGGAUAGCAGCUCGUACGGCUGGAGGAUGACGCGCAUCGCCGGAUUUCCGCCGUAGCUCCUCGAAUCUCUUGUCGCGAGCUCAAGUUUCAACUAUUCCGCCUGUUUUUAUUUUUAACUUUUAUUUUUAGACUAUUUUCUCAAGAACAAAUAUCAACUGCUGAUUUUUUAUCCGGCAUCGUUUUGCCUUUUGAAGGCUGCGGCAUAUGAUGGAUUUAUAAGAACCUUAUGGGAUAAGGAAAUGCCAGUGGAAGAUGAAACAGAAACUAUACCUCUCAGUUCUGUCUGUAGUUAUGUUAUGCAUCUUCUAUACGACAACAAAUUUUCAAUAUCAACAGACCGAGUUUGAAGCAAGAUCACACCCUUUUGAUUCUGAUUUACUGACGGAAUCUGACAUGACUACCUCAAGAAUUGGUUACUUACCCCGUGGCAUAGUGCACUCAAAUUCUGACAUGGAAUUAAAGCCUCUGUGGGUCACAAAAAAUUCAGGGAGCAAGGAGCUUGAUCAGAGUCAUCAGAACCUACUUGCAAUUCCUGUUGGCAUAAAGCAGAAGAAAAACGUGGAUGCCAUUGUCUUGAAGUUUCUUCCAGAGAAUUUUACAGUUAUACUGUUCCACUAUGAUGGGAAUGUUGAUGGAUGGCAUGAUCUCCAUUGGAGUAAUAGCGUUAUCCAUAUAGCUGCUCCUAACCAAACAAAAUGGUGGUUUGCAAAACGCUUCCUGCACCCAGAUGUUGUCUCUACAUACGAUUAUAUAUUUCUUUGGGAUGAAGAUCUGGGUGUAGCAAAUUUCCACCCUGGAAGGUACCUACAAAUUAUGAAAUCAGAAGGAUUGGAGAUUUCACAACCAGCGUUAGACCCCAAGCUGUCUGAAAUACAUCACCGGAUAACCAUUCGUCGAAAGAAAGGGAAGGUCCACAGGAGAGUUUAUGGUACUCGAGGCAGUGGAUAUUGUUCAAGUGCUAGUGAGGGCCCCCCAUGUACUGGAUGGGUAGAGGGCAUGGCACCAGUAUUUUCAAGAGCUGCCUGGCGUUGUGCAUGGUAUCUUAUCCAGAAUGAUCUGAUACACGGAUGGGGCAUGGAUAUGAAACUCGGGUAUUGUGCUCAGGGUGACCGAACUAAGAAGGUGGGAGUAAUAGAUAGUGAAUAUAUUGUUCAUCAAGGUGUAGAGACAUUGGGUGGGUCCUCAAGUGAAAAGAAAGCUGUUGGCCGGGCUUCUGGCAGAUCUAAACGGUUGAUUCCCAAGGCUACUUUGCAGAAGCGGGGAAGGACCCCAUUUGAUGCUCGGAUUGAGAUUAGGAGACGGUCCAAAGCAGAGCUUCAAAAUUUUCAGGAACGAUGGGAUCAGGCUGCAAAAGAAGACAAGGAUUGGGUCGAUCCCUUUCAGAGUCAUUAGAAGGAAGAUCCCUGAACCACUGCCGUUUGAUCGUAUUUUCAUUUCAGCGCAUACCUUUUCCUCUUCCAUUUGAAUUAGAUUAUAAAUUCUAAAGUUCUUUAGAUGUAUAAAAAUAUUUGUUCAUUUUUUAGUGAGCUUAUUUUUUUGAAUCCUUUCAGACCUGUGUAGUGGAGUUUCAGAUCAGUGUAACCGAAGAAUUUUUCAUUGUUUGAAUUCAACAAAAAAAAAAAAAAAUCAUUUGAGGACAAGUGCAAAAUGUCCCAUAUGAUUUGUGAA